GCCUCCUCCUCACGCUCCGUCAGUAUCUUGCACUGAUGACCUUGGAGGGAUAGGUUCUCUGGAUUCCACGUGCAAGAUUGUGGCCGAUUUGAACCUAACUCGUGACGUCUACAUAACGGGAAAGGGUAUUUCUACAUCCUCCCCGGAGUUCGAUUCCAUUGCCCCUUUUUGGGCUGUUCCGUAACCCUAAACAUCAGUGGAAACUUUUCCUUGGGCGAAGGUUCGACUAUAGUUACCGGUACUUUUUUGCUUGAUGCCUAUAACGCUAGUUUGUUCAAUGGAUCGGCCGUGAACACUACAGAAUGGGCGGGGGACCCACCUCUACAGACGAGUGGGACACCUCAGGGAUUGGAGGGAGCGGGCGGAGGUCAGGGGGCCGCGGGGCCUCUUGCUUCGUGGAGGAUGGGAAGGUACCGGAGGAUGUCUGGGGCGGAGACGCAUAUUCAUGGUCAUCGUUGCGGACGCCGUGGAGUUACGGGAGUAAGGGAGGGACAACGAGUAAGGAGGUGGAUUACGGAGGGGGAGGUGGUGGCCGGGUGAAAAUUAUACUUAAAGAUUUGUUGGAGAUGAAUGGGAGCUUAUUGGUGGAUGGUGGUGAUGGAGGGAGUAAAGGAGGUGGUGGAUCAGGUGGUAGCAUCUACAUUAAAGCUCAUAAAAUGACUGGAAGUGGCCGGAUAAGUGCUUGUGGAGGUAAUGGUUUUGGGGGCGGGGGUGGUGGAAGAGUUUCUGUUGAUAUUUUCGGCAGACAUGAUGAAGCACAAAUUUAUGUGCUUGGAGGAAUUAGUCAUGGUUGCCCAGAGAAUGCUGGAGCUGCUGGAACCCUUUAUGAUGCUCUGCCCUGAAGUCU